AUGGAAGAAGUGCUGGCACCUUUGAGGGAGGCUGUGAGGGAACAGGGUGAAUUGGUGCAUCGGUUGAAAGAGCAGGGUGCCUCAGAGUCAGAGCUGAGCAAAGCUGUUGGAGAACUGAAAGCCCGCAAGAAGAUUCUUGAAACAAAGGAGCUAGCCUUGCAGCCUAAAGAGGACACAGUGGACAGAGUGAAGCUGGAGGAUACCUUAAAGAGGAGAUUCUUCUAUGAUCAGGCUUUUGCCAUAUAUGGAGGUGUGAGUGGCCUAUAUGACUUUGGCCCCGUGGGCUGCGCCCUGAAGAACAACAUCCUGCAGGUAUGGAGGCAGCACUUCAUCCAGGAGGAGCAGAUCCUGGAGAUUGACUGCACCAUGUUGACUCCAGAACCUGUCCUCAAGACAUCAGGCCAUGUGGAUAAAUUUGCUGACUACAUGGUGAAAGAUGCCAAGACAGGAGACUGCUACCGUGCUGAUCACCUCCUCAAAGCCCACUUGAAAAACCUGAUGUCAGAUGAGAAAUGUUCAGCGGAGAGGGUGACCCAGAUGGAGGAUGUAAUCACUCAGAUGGACAACUACACUCAGCAGGAGUUGGCUGAUCUGUUUGUGAAAUACAACGUGAAGUCUCCCUCCACAGGAAAUGACCUCACGCCUCCCGUCUCCUUCAACCUGAUGUUUAAGACGUCUAUUGGUCCAGGAGGAAAUACGCCCGGCUAUCUGAGGCCCGAAACAGCUCAGGGAAUGUUCCUUAAUUUCAAGCGUUUACUGGAGUUCAACCAAGGAAAACUUCCUUUUGGUGCUGCUCAGAUUGGAAACUCCUUCAGGAAUGAGAUCUCUCCUCGUUCUGGACUCAUUCGUGUGAGGGAGUUCACCAUGGCAGAGAUCGAGCACUUUGUGGAUCCAAAUGACAAGGUCCACCCUAAAUUCCACAAUGUGGCCGACCUGGACAUCAUGUUGUUCUCCUCAAAGGCUCAGACCAGUGGCCAGUCUGCGCAGAUCAUGAGGCUGGGAGAUGCUGUGGAGCAGGGAGUGAUCAACAAUUCUGUAUUGGGUUACUUCAUUGGAAGAAUCUACUUGUAUCUAAUUAAAGUUGGGCUGUCGAAAGAUAAAGUGCGCUUCCGUCAGCACAUGGAGAACGAGAUGGCUCACUAUGCAUGUGACUGCUGGGAUGCUGAGUCCAAAACCUCCUAUGGAUGGAUUGAGAUCGUUGGCUGUGCUGACCGUUCCUGCUAUGACCUCUCAUGUCACACCAGAGCCACCAAGGUCCCUCUAGUGGCAGAAAAGCCCCUGAAAGAACCCAAAGUAGUAAAUGUCAUCCAGUUUGAGCCAAACAAGGGCGCCAUAGGCAUGGCAUACAAGAAAGAUGCCAAGUUUGUUUUGGAAUACCUGUCUGUCUGCGAUGAAUGCUACAUCACUGAUCAGGAGAAGCUUCUCAAUGAAAACGGGGAGUUCAGCUUUCAGACAGAGGGGAAAACAUUCAAACUGACCAAAGACAUGGUCAGUGUGAAGAGGUUCCAGAAGACUUUGCAUGUGGAGGAGAUUGUUCCCAAUGUAAUCGAGCCGUCCUUUGGCAUUGGUCGAAUCAUGUACUCCAUCUUCGAGCACUCGUUCCACACCCGACAAGAGGAUGAACAGAGGACGUUUUUCAGUUUUCCUGCUACUGUAGCUCCAUACAAAUGUUCCAUCCUUCCUUUGAGCCAGAACCAGGAGUUUAAGCCUUUUGUCCACCAAUUAUCUGAGGCGAUGACCAAAAACGGAGUGUCUCACAAGGUGGAUGACUCCUCAGGAUCCAUCGGGAGGCGCUACGCCAGAUCAGAUGAGAUCGGAGUGGCCUUUGGCAUUACCAUCGACUUCGAUACUGUGAAAAAGACGCCUCACACAGCCACUCUGAGAGACCGUGACUCGAUGAGACAGAUCAGGGCUGAGGUCACUGAGUUGCCAGGGAUGGUUCGAGAUCUGGCUAACUGCAGCUUGACGUGGGCUGAGGUGGAGGGCAAGUACCCCAUCUUUGAAGGACAGGAGUCCAGCAAGAAGGAGUAA